GGGAUGGGGUAUCUAAUGAUAACAGUGAUAGUGAGAUGGAGGACAAAACAACUGCUAAUUUGGCACUACUGAAGCUAGAUGAAUGGCUCCAUCUCAAACUGGACCCUGAAGCUGCUGGUUUGCUGUUGCAACUCAGACAGAAGUGGCAUAGCUUAUUUCUGCGUCGUAUGCGAGCUCCUUCUAAACCAUGGUCUCAAGUAGAUGAAACAACUGUAAGAGCAAUUAUAGCUGUUUUAAGUACUGAAGAACAGUCUGCAGGUUUGCAGCAGCCUUCAGGAAUUGGUCAGAGACCAAGACCUAUGACUUCUGAGGAACUUCCUUUAGCAUCUACGUGGAGGUCAACCAACAGUAGAAAAAGCUCAGCAGAAACUGAAUUCUCUGAUGACUCCUCUAAUGCUGAAAAAGUUUUAAUGAAAUCUACGCCUCCUGCACUUCACCAGCCAAAGAAGUACAAAGAAAAAAACAUUUUGCACUCCAAACGAGCUUCAGAUGACAGGUCAGAUCAAUCAUCAGUGAAGUCUACGGACAGCAGUAGCUAUCCGAGCCCCUGUGCUAGUCCUUCUUCUCCAAUAUCUGGAAAGGGUUCCAAAUCUCCUUCACCAAGACCAAAUAUGCCAGUUCGGUACUUUAUAAUGAAAAGUAGCAACCUGCAAAACAUUGAUAUUUCUCAACAGAAGGGUAUAUGGUCUACUACGCCAAGUAAUGAACGAAAACUAAAUAGAGCCUUUUGGGAGAGCAGCAUGGUUUACUUAAUAUUUUCUGUUCAAGGAUCUGGACACUUUCAGGGUUUUGCUAGAAUGGCUUCAGAGAUAGGAUGUGAGAAAAGUCAAGACUGGGGAUCUACGGGUUUUGGAGGUGUAUUUAAGGUGGAGUGGAUCCGAAAAGAAAGCAUUCCUUUUCAGUUUGCACACCAUUUGCUCAAUCCUUGGAAUGACAAUAAGAAAGUACAAAUAAGCAGAGAUGGCCAGGAGCUGGAACCACAAGUUGGAGAGCAGUUGCUACAGCUUUGGGACCGUAUUCCUUUGGCAGGAAAAAACUCAACUGAUUAAGUAUGUCAAGUAAUGUGAUAAAGGUAGUUAUUUCAUGCAUUACUUGCUGUUUUUGUGAUAGAGGAAAAGCUAUCUAUAUACAAUGAUUCAUUACAGUACUGUCUUUCCUUUGUAGUUUGUGGAAGAACAGGUACACUUAGUACUAAAUAUUCUCUUCCUUUUGAU